UUCGGCCGACGCCUGGGCGCGAGUUGCGGCAUAUUUGCGCCGCCGUGGCCGUUUACAGCGGCAGGUGGAGCGCCGGCUGCGCGUCUCCGGCUCCGGGUGCGCGCUCGCCGGCCGAUGCCUUUUUGCGUUGGUUUCGCACGGGGGUGAUCGUAACAUGCCGUUCCGUAGGCUGCGGGAUUUAUGACCCGCCUGUGAACCCCGCAGUAACAUGUCGGAGCCUAUGGGCCCGUGGAGGCGACGCACGGUGUCAGAUGUUGGGUGCUGACUCCAAGCGUUCGCUCUAAUUUUAGAACUAUGUGUUUGUGCAAUAUGUAGGAUAAUUUUGUUGAGGGAUUUUAAUGUGUAGAGCAAUUUAGUCACAGAUAAACGCUGAUAAGCUUUUGUGAAUCUGAACUAAAAUUCUCAACAUCAGCUUAGAUUUUAUGGACAGGAACCUUUUUUUUUUUAAAAACAUGAAGUUUUGGAAAUAGUGACAUUUGCUCUCAUUGCGCCAAGACUUGUACAGUGGUUCUUAGUUUUACACCUGUUUAAAUCAGAUUCAGUGUCCAUGACUAGUCUCACUAUACUCUGAUGAAAGUCAGGGUCCUUUUCAGACUCACUUCUAGUUUUCCAGGCGAUUAAACCCUUCCAGUUCACCUUCCUGCUGUGUCUGCUGCUCAGAUUUGCCCCUGUUGCCAUUAAAUGUCCAGCACCACAUGGCUGCAGCCGCCCUGGGGCUGAUCCCGACCAUGCUUUCCACCAACCGCCCCGGGGGUGCGUGGGGAUGAAAUGGACGGAGCCGCGGGCCACAGCGACGCACCGCCUCCCGCCUCCCAGCAUGUCCAGCUGCAGCAAGUCUCCUGCCAGCUCCGGAGAAGGCUCUAAAUCAAUGGCAUUGGUGAAAAUGUUCAAAAAAUCAGGAGGAGCCCUAAAGAAAUCCUACCAGCCUGGGAGCAUGCUGUCUCUGGCGCUCACUAAAGGCCUGUUCAACGAGCCCGGGCAGAACAGCUGCUUCCUAAACAGUGCUGUUCAGGUGCUCUGGCAGCUGGACAUCUUCAGGAGAAGUCUGAGGCAGCUCUCGGGUCACUUCUGCCUCGGCGACGCCUGCAUCUUCUGCGCUUUAAAGGUCUCCAUUGCGUUUCACUGACCCAAAGUCAAUAUUCUCUCUAUCCGGUCAUUCCAGCGGUUCUGUUCCCUCUCUGUUUUCCAGAGUAUAUUCAGCCAGUUCCAGCAGAGCCGAGAGCGCGUGCUGCCCUCCGACAGCCUGCGCAACGCCUUGGCCGAAACCUUCAAGGACGAGCAGCGCUUUCAGCUGGGCCUGAUGGACGACGCUGCUGAGUGCUUUGAGAACAUCCUGGAGCGAAUCCACCUGCACAUAGUUUCAGACACCGCAACCAGUGCUUGUUCCUCCAAAUCCUGCAUCACUCAUCAGAAGUUCGCCAUGAUGCUGUAUGAGCAGUUUGUGUGUCGCUGUUGCGGCGCAUCUUCUGACCCACACCCGUUCACAGAAUUCGUACACUAUGUCUCAACCACUGCUUUAUGCCAACAGGUUGAUCGCAUGCUGGGGAAGAACGAGCGGCCGAGGGCCGACAUGUUCGGAGAACUGCUACAGGCGGCCAACAACAGCGGCGACCUCCGGAGCUGCCCGAGCGACUGUGGUCAGAGCAUCAAGAUCCGCCGCGUGCUCAUGAACUGCCCUGAGAUCGUGACCAUAGGGUUCGUGUGGGACGCUGAGCAGUCGGACCUCACAGACGAUGUCAUCCGGGCCCUGGGCCCGCGCUUGAACCUGUGCGGGCUUUUCAACCGCGUCACCGACGAGAACGCCAAGCGCAGCGAGCUGCACCUGGUGGGGAUGAUCUGCUUCUCAAGCAAACACUACUCGGCGUUCGCCUACCACACCAAAUCGUCCAAAUGGAUGUUCUUCGACGACGCCACCGUGAAGGAGAUUGGAUCCAAAUGGAAGGACGUGGCCUCCAAAUGCGUCAGGGGGCAUUUCCAGCCGCUGCUGCUGUUUUACACCAACCCCGAGGGAAGCGCGGUGUCCAACGAGGACGCGCCGAGACAAACCACCAUGUGUCCCCGGUACAAAGGCCACGUGAACGGGGACAUGGCAGUGAAACUUCCCCUCGGCAGCCCUAACAAACCAGACGAGGAGCGGCCCGGUGAAACAGCAAAGAAGAACAGAGGGCAUCGGAGAAUGGAGCCGUCACAACAAAAAGAGAUGGCGCAUGCGAGGUCCUCAUCUCCUCCGGACGCUGGACUGAGGCCUUCUCCAGACCACAAAGUAAAAAGCUAUCAGCGCUGCGAGAAGCCGUCGGCUCAUUCAAGCAGAGGAGCUCAGGAGCCGUGGGGCCCACACGGCCGGAAGAACAACGCUUCCCCGAGUCGCCGCGAUCACGACGGCGCUCAGGACCAGUGGGAGAAACCCGCGGGCGACGGCGGGAGCCGCGGGAAGUCCAGGUCCACCUGGAGACCCGUCCGGGAGGCGCUGAACGUGGACACCGUGCUGAGCGAGCUGGAGCAACGGCGCCAGCAGCAGCUGGAGCCGCCGCACCGCAGCAAAGAGCAGAGCCGGGCCCGGGACGAGCGCCGGCAGAAGUGCCUGAUGACCAUUUACGAGGACGAGCAGCGGCACGAGACCGAGAGCCACAGCUCCGUGGAGUCGGAGAGCAGAGGCUGCCUGCACAGGAGCGGGCGGCUGAAGAGCGGGCCCAAGACGCUGCUGCGGAGCGACACCUGGACCAUUCAGAGGACCGAGUCGGGCUACGAGAGCAGCGACCGGCUCAGCAGUGGCUCCACCAACCCCGACUCGCCGGGGGUGGACAGCUUCGCUCUUAAAGAUCAGAGGUCAACAGCCGACGCACAGUCGCAAAGUCAGCUGCACCAAAGGGGAGACGAUGCAGCAAGUGUAAUAUCCUCACCUUCGUAUAAUGGUAAACAACAACCCAAAUCUCAGGGAAAGAACCAUGACCAAUGUUCACAUUCACAUCUAAAGUGCAGUCCAAGUUUGAGACGUAAAUCUAAGUACACUUCUAGCACCUCCAGGAAAGCAGCGUCUUCAGACAGGGACUCCACCGGUUCAGACAACAGACAGAGCGAUGGGCACGGUGGGGACAGCGCCGUCCCGAGGCUCCUCGCCAAAACCAGCAGCUCCGAGUGGAACAGCUCAGACGACCUGGCUCUGUCUGAGUCCGAGGACAGAGACAGCGGCAGCAGCAGAGCCGUCGCCUCCGAGUCCCCGUGUCCCCACGUGACGCUGCCGCACCACCCGCCCGGCGGCGCCGGCGCGGAGCCCCGACGCCCGCCGGGCACGGGGCCGCCCCACCCCCGCCCCGCCCCGCGGGCCCCCGACGCGGGCCACGCCGCGUUCCGGCCCAGGACGCUCCAGGAGCCCUUCGCGUCCAGCCCCCGCGCUUCGCCGGCGUCGCACGCCAGCCCCCAGAGGCCCCCGGGCACGGCGGGCCUCAGGACGUUCUCCGACGCCAGCUCCAAGUCGGGUUCGGACCCGGAGCGGAGCACGCCGUCGUCGUGCGAGAGCGAGGAGCGGCCGAGCGGAGGCCGAGCGGAGCAGGCGGCGGCGGCGGCGGCGGCGGCGCAGGAGGUCUCCCUCACCACCUACUUCAGCGUGGACACCUGUAUGACGGAAACCUACCGUCUCAAGUACCACAACCAGAGGCCGCUGGUCCUCUCGGCCUCGGCGCCACGAACGGUGGCCGCAAGUGAGCGCAGAGACACCAGCCACACACUCCCCACCGACACACACUCACAAGAUGUGCCAAAAGCCAGACCUGAAACAAGCCAUAAUAGCAAUAAGCCCACUGCAAAAUGGAAACCGGUGACAUCCAAAGGACUUGAUGAACAUGGUUUUUUAUGAGUGUUAUUGGUAAGUUUUGUUUACAUGGACGAACGGUGGUCAGAGGAGUUUUAACUGGAUGCCAAAGAGUUUACGGAACGGAAACAUGCUCCGAGGGCCGUCACGUCCAAACGGAGUGGAAUUUAUUUAUGCAAGCUUGGCACAUUAGUAAAACCUAUUUAUAUACACUGUUCUGUAUUGUUUGAAAUGCUAUCAACCACCACACAUUCUGUCUUCCAUCGUCCAGCAGCUGCUGGGAGGAGGUCUCGCUUUAAACAAAGUCUGGACUGUUUCAGUUUGCACAAAAGGUCAUUAGUUUUAUUAUAAUUGCUCUUUUCUCAUCUUGUUAUUGUAAAUUGCUUAUUCUCUUACUUGUACAGCUGUUUUGCAGCGGUACUGCAAAAUAACAUCUAUUCAAUGUAAAGCACGAGAGAUUAUGUUGGUCUGUACAGCAAAUACACAGAUGAAGGAGAAGAACUGAGGGCGGAAGCACGUUGGCCUGAGGUCAGAAUAAGAUGAUGUGAUCCUAAAUAUUAAACCUACUGGGCUGAGGUUGACUAUUAAAAUGUAAGCGAAUGCCUGGGCAGCUUACUGACUUUGCACUUUGAGGGCAUUGUAACAUUUACACAUUUUAUUCAUCAGGUUUCUUCUUUUCAUUCAUGGGUUUGUACAUGUGUGAUCGGCUUCCUGAUGAACCGUUUCAUGGGGCAGCCUUCAGGUUAUUCACCAGGUCACUGUACACAGUCACGUCACCUUGUGUGUUCCACCUUUGUGCUGGCUCCAUCUGAUGUCAUAUCGUAUUAUUUAAGUCUUCCUCCCUCAGUGGGCAGAUUUAAACAGGUCUGUGAUCACAGGUACAGGUAAAUAUGCCAUUGUAAUUAAUAUGCCUGUCGUCUCUUAUCGUUUACCGUCGAACACAAAAAUCUCGUUAUUAAGAGGAAUAUUGUGAAAUGUGCAUGUGGCCUUUACAGUCUCACCCACUGUGUGUUCAGCAUACGCAUGGGCAUGAAAAAGAGCAUGGCAGCAGUCUGUGCACGUGAACCUGGAGUCUGUUGUCUGGAGAGUUUAAAAACCGCGAUGCAGACGAGACACUGGAAAACUACUAAGACUAUGCAGCCUCUAAACGUUUACUUCAAAGCAGAUUUGGGCAUUUGAACGCUUUUGAUUCUGUGUGUGUGACAUUCCUGAGAACACAAAUUCUGCCUAAUUGUCAAAUACUGUCACCUGUUGUACUCACUAUAUUGCCAAGUACUUCCUGAUCCCCACGUACACAUACAUGCACUCGGAUUCCUUCACCCAGUUGCAUUGUUGUGAACCUGUAGUAACCUUUGUCCAGGUGUUUCUCAACUAUUUUUAUCUAAUCUAGAUCCUUUCUAUCGCUAUCUCGCUGCACAUAUUGCAUCACUGAAUACGCUGUUUGUGUGUGUUGUGUUAAAGACACCAAAGAAUUGUGAUUGAUUUUAUGUUGCACUGUUGUAGAUUUUACUUUUUGACACUGUUUGAACUGAAGACAAAGAAUACGAUGUAAAUGAGCUAUUAAUAAUUUAUGAUAUGAGAAUUUUACUAUUUUUUUAUUGUGCUGCAGUUACUAUAAAGCACACAUUAUUUACUAUAAUUGUAUAAUAUCAGAUAUUCACUAGAUAAUAAUGCUAAAACCAUAAAAAACUAUUGGACCAGAUAAAGCUGAGCUGUAGUAAUCGAGCCAGAUUAUAUUUAUGUCACCUCUCCAGUGUGUUGUCUGUUAUGCAACAAAUGGGUUUGUCACAUAUUUACAUUUCUUCUGUUUCUUUCCCGUAUGUGUAAAAACGGGACUUGUUACGUUUUACUUUAUAUUCUGAACUCUGUGUUUUCGGUUGUAUCUAGUGCCUUGACAUUUUCAGUGCGAUGUCUUUGUAUGUGAAGCCAGACUCGUGUAACGAGGGAUGUGAUUGGGAGGCGCCAAGGCUGUCGUGCAAAACCUUUGAAUAUGCAAUGCUAAUGUAACAUAUCUGAUCCCACUGUACUGUACGUGUCCAUGGGGGCGGCCGAGGGCGCGGUCCAUACCAGGUCCAGGUCUCCUCAAAGCCCGUAAAGACUUGGAAGCUGCAGCCAGCGAACCUAAACAUUAGCAACUUUAGUUUGACUUUUUAAAAUAUCAGCCACACAAAAUGUGAAAAUCUGUUUGUAAUCUCUCGCGUAACCAUUUUGGUGCAUCCAUGUUUAAAGGAGCCUUAUUUGUAAUAACUGCCGAUUUUGCUCAUAUGGAAGCUGAUCCUGCUGAUUUGUUUCCCUCUUGGACCCUCGAUGUGCAGCUAAAGGCUUUCUACCUGUACACUAUAAUGAUCUCACCACCUCAUCACGGUUGGCAUUGCAUUGAUCCAAGUAUUUUCAGCCUUUCCGCAUGCUGUCGCUGAUUUCCCCUGAUAAGUUGCUGGCUGAUGCUCUGAUGUGCAGGGCCCAUAUGCUGACAUGCUGAAUUGAGCGGUUGGUGCUUCAGUGAAUACUUCAUGAAUAGUGUAAGUACAGAUCAAUAUAAAGAAAUAAGUCAAAUCUGUCUACACUUUAUAUUUUUGUAGAUAAUAUAUUUAUUUUUAUUCAUUGUUGAAUAAAGUUUAAACUAUUGUAUCACUAGAAAA